AUGACGGGACCAGCGGGCCUGAUUAUCGCGCCGAUGACGCCGGAGGACUGGCCGGAGGUGCGCCGCAUCUAUGCCGAGGGAAUCGCCACCGGCAACGCCACGUUCGAGACCGAGACGCCGACUUGGGACACCUGGGAUCGCAACCACCUGUCCGCCUGUCGAUUGACCGCGCGGGUCGGAGAUGCGGUGGUGGCGUGGGUUGCCAUUUCACCGGUUUCUGCUCGCCCGUGCUACGCCGGGGUCGUUGAACACAGCGUUUACGUGGCGGAGGCGAUGCGGGGUCGAGGCGUAGGCAAGGCGCUGUUGGCCGAACUCGUGCGGGUAUCGGAGGCCUCCGGGUACUGGACGUUGCAGAGCAGUGUGUUCCCGGAAAACCAGGCUAGCCUCGCGAUACAUUUAGCCUGUGGAUUCCGCAUUCUCGGACGGCGGAAACGGGUCGCAAUGUUGAACGGAAGGUGGCGCGACACAGUGGUCGUGGAGCGGCGAAGCACGGUAGCCGGGGAGUGA